AUGGGGCAGCUCUUGCAAACUUACCUCGAUAUCGCCAUUGAUGGGAAAAAAAUUGGCCGGAUUGUGUGCCAAUUGCGCGAAGACAAGGCGCCAAAGGCAGCGCGAAACUUCUACGCAUUGUGUGUCGGCGAAAGGCCUAAUGGGAGCGCUAAUGAGCUUUCGUACAAGGGUAAUUACUUCCACCGUGUGAUCAAGAACUUCAUGAUACAGUGCGGCGACAUUACACAUUGCUCCGGUGACUUCAGUAAGUCCGACGAUGCUGGCAAGGGCGGUUGCUCGAUUUAUGCCACUAACGAAGAGCUCGAGCGCUCUGGGGACGAAAAUUCCAAUGCGGGUUGCUUAGGAAACUUUGAAGACGAGAAUCUUGGGGAGUUUACUGAGCCAUUCCUUCUGGCGAUGGCGAACACUGGGUCACAAAAUACCAACAGCUCGCAGUUUUUUAUCACCACGUAUCCAUCACCGCAUUUGAACGGGAAGCAUUCGAUUUUCGGGAAAGUCAUUCAUGGCAAAUCUGUCGUACGGACUAUCGAACGUUGCAAGAUCGAUUCGGAUGGCUUCCCUGAAUUAUGCAUAAGGAUCGAAGACUGUGGCAAAUGGGAUGAGUCCUGUGGAGUUCCACUUUUCAAUGCAUCUAACGAUCCUAUUGGAGGCGAUAUUUAUGAAGAGUAUCCGGAAGACACGGAAGGUAUUGAUUCGGAGGACUUUACUGCAGCGUAUGAGGCUGCUGACACAAUCAAGCAAUCUGGAACUCUACUGUACAAAAAGAAAGAUUUCCAGAACUCUUAUUUCAAGUAUAUCAAGGCGCUGCGAUACAUUAACGAGUAUAUUCCUGAUAUGGAUGUGGAUAAAGGCAACAACGUCAAGUUUACUGCGUUAAAAGUGAAGCUUUACCUCAAUCUAUCUCUCGUGCUGUACAACUUGAGAAGGUAUGACGACGCUAUAACUUAUGCCACGUAUCUGUUGGACAUGGAGGAUGUUCCAGAGUUGGAUCGUGCCAAGGCGUUUUAUAGAAGAGGGAACUCUUACCUCAUGAAGAAUAACCUAGAGAGCGCCCGAUCGAACUUCCAGAUGUGCAAAGAAAACAAUCCAAAUGAUACGGCUAUAAUACACAAGAUUGAGUAUGUAGAUGAUCUGCUGGAGAGAAGAAAGGAAAAGACGAAGAAAAGCUUGGGAAAGUUUUUUUCCUGA